CCUCGGCCCGCCCCUGGCGACCUGCGGCACCGGCGGGGCGGCUGCGACCGGGAGACCGGGAGACCGGGAGACGGGGAGACAGCUCCGGUGAGGCUGCUCCGGUGAGGCUGCUCCGGUGACACUGUGCGGUGACACUGCCGGUGACACUGCCAGUGACACUGUGCGGUGGCGCUGCUGGUGGCACUGCCGGUGACACUGUCCGGUGACGCUGCUGGUGGCACUGCCGGUGACACUGUGCGGUGACACUGUCCGGUGACACUGUGCGGUGGCGCUGCUGGUGGCACUGCCGGUGGCACUGCCGGUGACACUGCCGGUGACACUGCCAGUGACACUGCCAGUGACACUGUCCGGUGACACUGUGCGGUGGCGCUGCUGGUGGCACUGCCGGUGGCACUGUCCGGAGACACUGCCCGGUGGCACUGCCGGUGACACUGCCGGUGACACUGUCCGGAGACACUGCCGGUGACACUGCCGGAGACACUGCCGGUGGCACUGCCGGUGACACUGCCCGGUGGCACUGCCGGUGGCACUGUCCGGAGACACUGCCGGUGACACUGCCGGUGGCACUGUGCGGAGACACUGCCGGUGGCACUGCCGGUGACACUGCCCGGUGACACUGCCGGUGACACUGCCGGCGGCACUGCCGGUGGCACCGCUCCCUGCCCGCCCGGCCAGGUGACAUCGCGCGCUGCCCCGGACGCGCAUCCCCCGCCCGGUCCCUCCCGCGGGAUCCGCCGUGUCCCCGGGGACAGGACAGGGACCCGCCGCACCCCUGCUCUGUGCCCAACCCACCUGCGAAGGAAACCCGAGGGAAAAAACCGCACCGCGGCUGAGAAGAGCGUUCAGCUUAAUGCUCUACACAGAAAGUGAGGCCGAAUAACGUGCACAUGCUGAGUACUGGAGGAGAGGCUGAAGGACAUCCUGUUUUGUUUCAGCAGUGUUGUUAUUCUUUGGGGUGAAAUGAAGAAUUUGAUUUUGUUUUGGAAACACUCAUAUUUCUGAUGCAACCGAACUUCAGUAACCUUUUUUGCAGUACAGAUUUCAACAAAUUAUUUUUUUCUCUCGAACAAAGAUGCAGAACUUGUCAGUGGUAGAAAGUGUUGCUGAUACAGACAUUUCACACUGUGAGUCUCCCAAAGAGCUGGCAGGUGCUGUGUCCCUCAGUGAAAGUGGCUGUAACUGCAAUGAAAGAACAAGUAAUGGAGAAAUUGCUAAUCUUGAAGCAAUGCAGCAAAGCAUCCCUGUAUGGAAGAGCAAAGGGAGAAGUUAUGAGGGGUUUUCUGAGAGCAGCUUUAGUACCUCAGAACCCAGCGGCUCCUGGGGUGAUUUUGAAGGCUUCCAGGAGCCCUUAGACAAAUCAGAGAGAUUUGGUUGCAACCUUGAAGUUCUGGUGAAGUCAGCAGAAGCUUCUGGAGCUGACCCUGGCCGGAGCAGCAGAGGCUGCAGCGUUUCUGCUGCCCAGGAGGGUGCUGAGCCAUCUCUGUGCCGUGGGAUGCAGGAGGAUUCAGGCUCCCUGAGUGAGGAAGACCACAGCUAUGAGGAGAUAUUUAAGUUGAGCUUUCCAGAAAUCUUUGUACCACAAUCUGGAGAGUGCAUAAGAAGCUUAGAGCAAGUUCUUGAUGCAAAAAAUGAAGAUGUUUGGACUCCUGAACUUUUGAAGAAUCAGUUUUGCAUGGAUUCUGGAGCUGUGUGGAGAGCACUCAGAGACUUUGAUAAUACCCCCAGCUUAAGACAUCCCUGGAGUAAAUCUCAUUGCCAAGAAAACCUCUUGAGUGUUCUCGGAAUAGAUGCAAAUCAAAAGGGUGUUUCAGAGAACCAGGCUGAUAUUCUUGAGGAAUCAAAUGGCAAAGAUAAUGAGGAUUUUAGACUUGAUGGAUUCAGUGUUAAUGACUGCAAAGCAUUGAUCCAGACCAAGCUUUCUGUGUCACCAGACUCCAGACAUGGUCACCUUUUCACCUGUAACCUCUUUUUGAAGACCACAUCAUCAAAUGAAAGCACACAGUGUAUAACAAUCCCAAGGAAGAAGCAGAUUUUUGCUGCACACAACCUAAAAAUGAAAUUUUUCAGUAGUGAUGUUUGUUGAACUAAAUGCAAUUUUUAGGGUUUUUUUUUUUUUGUUUGUUUGUUUGUUUGUUUGUUUUUAACUGAAUACAGUUUACCUUCAUUUUGUUACUGACUUGGUACUAUAGAUUACAGACAUCCUUUAGGAAAUUGCUGUAUGUGAGGGACCUAAGGCCAUGUAAUUAGAAGAUCUUUCUCCUGUUUAGUUGUGAAGUCAGAUUUUGUAAUUUUGCCCUGCUAAGUUUUGCUGCAGUCGUGUCUUACAGUAAAUGCUGCAGCUGCAGCCAUGCUCCAAGAUAUCUCUGGUGGGCUCCCCUGAGCUACUGACCUUUCAGGCCUUAAUGCCUCUGCAAUCAAAUCCCUUCUUUCCCUGCCAAAAUCUGCACAAGUCUCAGGUGUGUUGUAAGUGCCUUGUCUCCAUCUCUCCUCAUUCUUGCUCCAGUUUGGAUCAGCUCAGAUCUGUUGCUUUGCCACUGCUGGGUGAAACGAGAGGAGCCUUCUUCAUCUGGGGACUUUCAGUGGGGUUAAACAGAAUGAAAGUGUUUUGAUUUCUGUCUGGUGAAGCCUGCUGUGGUGACAGGGGUGGAGGCAGCAAAAUGCUUCGUUCUGGUGUUGGUUUCUGGCUGAAAUAAAUCACCUUGUUGAAGCUGA